AUGUCCGUCCCCAGCGCCACGCCGCCUCUCCUCCUCACCAAGAGGCUCAACACUUUCCUCCACUCCCACCAGACCGCCCAUCUGCCUACUCUCCUCCUCACCACCUCCCAAGGCAAACUCCUCGCGCACGCCUCCUCACAGCCCGUCUCCGUCCUGCGCACCCACGCCACCGUCGCCGCCUCCCUCCUCGCCAUCCACACAUCCUCCUCGGCCGCCAUCCCGACUGCGCUGCCUGGAUCGCGCACGCCCGAUCCUAUGAGCAGUUCGCCCGGCAGUCCCCAUGGAAGCGACGACCACCACCAUCUUAGCCAGGACGAGGAUGAGGAUGCCGACGGCCCGCACGCGACCGAGUCAGCGCGAUCCAAGCAGCGGCCAAGGCGCACCAUCAGGCCCGUUACCAUUACUGUCCAGCUUAGCGAAGGUACCGUCAUUAUCCGGCGUCUGAAAUGCGGUCUUCUCUUCGUCUGUGUCGGUCCCGCUGCGUAUAGUCUGCAGGAUCUCCACCAUACGUCGUCACAUGCUCACCAUGAAAACGGGGACGGCGUUGGAAGCCCCAGUGAGGUGGAAAGCUUGAUAAGCGCGGGUGGCAUGACAACAUCGAGCUUGGAGAGCGCGAGCGCUCCGCCUGUAGUUGCGAUGAGGAGACAGGCCGCCGAACUGGCGCGGUGGUUGGACGAAAAGCUCGGAACGCUCAGAGUCCCCGAAGAGGGCAUCGGUGUUGUCGAGUUUUAA